UGCCUCGAACCCGAACCUGCACAUCGUGGAAUAGGAGCUUCGCUCGUGCUCGUAGCUAGCUCUUUACCCCCAAAAUCAUCCGGGACCACCAUGUCGACCGCCGUGAAUUCCACUCAUACAUCUGUGCCUGCGAGUUCGAGGACGCUCUCAUCUUCUGCGAACCAUUCUCACACCGACUCUGGCUAUACAAAUGGACACCAUCACCACCAUCACGAUGUUGGUGCGGCGUCGGGAUCGAAUGUUGCGAAGAAGGGGAAGGGGAAGAAAACCACGGACCCGAAUGAAGCCUCGAACUUGAUCGCUGCGAAGAUUUCGCAGUUGGAGCUGGAUGCGGCUGGGGAACAGGAGCAAGAGGCUGAAAUUGAACGCGAAGUCAGGAAAGCCAACCGCGAACUAAACAAUUCUAUAUCGAAUCUGGACGAUAGGCAAAAGAUUGAAGUGCUCCAAAGACGAGCCACAGAGCACCUGGCGAAUAUGAAGCGUUUGGAACGAGAGAACCAGAAGCACAAGAAACGGGGCGAUCUGUUGCAAAAGGAAAAGGACCAUGCCAGGACAGAUUUGAGCAAGACGACUACCUUGAAGGAGAAGCUGGAGAAGCUCUGCCGAGAGCUUCAACGGGAGAACAAUAGGUUAAAGGCUGAGAAUAAGACAUUGGGAGAUGCGGAGAAAGACAACCAUGCAGCAUGGGACGAAAAAUUCAAGCAAGUUUUAUGGCAGUUACAAGACUACCAGGAAGCCAAGGACCAUCCUCAAGCGCAAGUUGUCAAUAUCGAAGUCGACGAUCUAUUCAAACAACGGUUCAAAUCCCUGAUUGAUCAAUACGAACUGCGCGAGCUGCAUUUUCACUCCCUUCUACGGUCGAAAGAGCUGGAAGUACAGUAUAAUAUGGCAAGGUUUGACCGAGAGAAGAAAACAGCUGAGGCAGAGGUUACACGAUCCCGAGCUUUGAAUGCGCAGGUUCUAACGUUUUCAAAGACGGAAACAGAACUGCGCAAUCAGCUCAACAUUUACGUUGAAAAGUUCAAGCAGGUGGAGGACACGCUCAAUAACAGUAAUGACUUAUUCUUAACCUUCCGGAAAGAAAUGGAAGAGAUGUCCAAGAAGACGAAGCGACUUGAGAAGGAGAAUAUGAGCCUGACUAGGAAACAUGAUUUGACGAAUCAAAACAUCUUGAAGAUGGCCGAGGAAAGGACGAAGACCAAUCUAGAAAUGGAUUCGUUGAGGAAGAAGAACGAAAAGCUGACUAGUAUCAUCAACCAGAUGCAGAAGCAAGGGAGAGGAGUCGCUGGUGGCAUGGCUACUAUGGCCGAAGGCAGUACAGAGGGAGAAUACGUCGAGGGCGAUAUGGAUGGUACGGAAAGCGAUUACGAAUAUGAAGACGAGGAAGGAGAGGACGGUGAUGGAGAGCAGGAAGAAGGCGAUGAGGUUAGUGAGGGGGAUUACAACGAAGAUACGGAGGAGGAGUUGCAUCCCGAAGGCCCAAAGCCAUUUGGACCGGUGCCUCCGCCGACGCUUGCGGUUGCGAAUGGGGUGACGACUCCAGCAAAUGGGGUCAAGCAUUGAUUGAUUGAUCGAGCAAUGAAAUGAGCAUUCACAUUGGCUUGUAUUGCAUAUGCGUCUGCUAUUGGGGCUAUAUUUUGGCUCCUGGUAUGUAGUAUUUGCUCGGCAACGUCAAUACCACCCUCUCACAACCUACAAUAUCAGCAAUCCCAAAUGAGCUUCUCGCAUAUUACGGAGAAUCCGAGCGUGGAUGCUAGCUUUCGAAUGUACCACAAGUCGCGGCACAAUGCAUACAA